CGACAAGCUCUCAAAACGGACGCAGAUUGUAAGUCAACGCCGCGCAUGCCCAAUUUAAUCAGUGGCAACAACAACGACGGUCGGCGGCGAAGACGAAAUCGAAUGAUUUGGCUUAACAGCUAUCUCGAAGCUAUAAAUUGGACACCAAAAUUGGAUUAAGCAAAAAAAAAUAAAUAAUAAAAAAAAACACAAGUGAACACGAAAAGUUAAUAACAAUUAUUUGUAUGCCGGUUUCUUCUUGACAAGUUUGAUCCCAAGCCCCGACCUCAGCAACAGCAACCAGCAUGAAAGGCUGGUUCGACGCGUUUCGAGACGAUGGGGGACCAACGCUAUAUUCCUUCUCAAACCGAACACCCGUCACCGGAGAUGUUUCAAUUGUGGCCGUCUCCGUACUAUUUGCCACAUUUUACGUGGCAUUUUUAGUCAUUUUUCCGGGUGUACGAAAACAGAAGUUCACAACGUUUUCGACAGUCACACUGAGCCUCUUUGUGGGUCUAGUCAUACUAAUCACCCGCCUGGGAUCCGCGUGGCAUGUGGCACAUGCAACCAUCAUCGCGCCGUACAAAGCCUUCUCACGCGAGAAGCUCCCAGCGCGCAUCGGCACCCACAUUGGCCUCAUGCAUGUCAAUGUGACGCUGACGGCGAUUCCCAUUGGAAACUGGACCCCACCGGACAUUGACUACAAUGAGCGAUUCACCUGGGAAGGGGCCAACGACAUGAGUGCCAACUAUCGGCAUGCCCUGCAGCGAGGCCUUCCCUUUCCCAUCCUGACCGUGGCCGAGUACUUUAGCCUGGGCCGCGAGGGAUUCUCGUGGGGCGGACAGUAUCGGGCCGCAGGAUACUUUGCGAGCAUUAUGCUCUGGGCCUCGCUGGCCUCGUGGCUGCUGAUGAACCUGCUGCUGCUGGCAGUUCCUCGAUACGGCGCCUAUAUGAAGGCUCUGACCGGUGCCCUGCUCGUCUGCACCACGGUGGGCUAUCAUUGCCUUCUGCCAAAGCGACCUUUGUGCAUUUACCUCGAGGGCGGACGACUGGAGUUCCAUUUCGGUUGGUGCUACUGGCUGGUUUUGGUGGCAGGCAUUCUUUGCUUUAUUGCGGGUGUUCUGAUAUCCAUAAUUGACCUGGUUUGGCCGCACACCUUCUCCACGGUGCUGGAGGUUUACUACGGCACGCCCUAUGAUCGCCAUGUGAUCCUGGAGGAGUCCAGUGAUGUGCGCUACCGCAAGCCGCGCAACAGUCGCAGCUUGGAGGAUCCACCUGGACUGGGGUCACGCAUCCUGCGUCGCCUCAGCUCAAAGGCCCGGGACAUGCAACCCGGCACGGCACCGCGACGCGAUAGUCCUGCAGGAGUGUCCAGCAGUGGCGGAGUAGAGAACAAGGCAUUCCAAUCGGAUGCUCCGAAGAGUCCUUGGCGAUAUCCCUUCCGAAGGUCGCAACAACUCACGCAGCAGCAGCAGCAGCACUCGCAUCCGCUGCAUCAGCACCCCUUGCAGCAGCAUCAUCAGCACCACCAGCACCAUCACCAGCAGCAGUUGCAGUUUGUGGGUGGACCGGUGGUGCAGCACCCCAUGCACCAUAUGCAGCGCACCAUGUCGCAGGACUCUGGAUCCAGUAUUGCCUCGGCAGCCGUGCAAAUCUCACCGCUGCACAAGCAUGCCUUGGCGCGGAUGUUGCCAAAUCCCCCAGUGGAGCGUAUUCGUGACAUGGAUCACUGGUGAUUGCCAUUGGACAAACCAUAAAAAUCUACCAUUUUUAUUGGGCUUGAUUAAUUCUUGACUUAUUGGACAAAAUUAGAAAAAAAAAACAAAACUUUAUAACAAAACCAUUUGUGAUAAUUUCUUAAACUUAAACAAAACCAAUUCAAGACAACAUAGGAUGAGCAUAUUUAAUAAUUGACAAGAUCACAUACUUUUACCUUAAUGAUUUAAAAAAACGAAAUCGAUGUUAAAUUUAACUAUAACUUUAAUUAAAUUAUUUUAAAUGUUAAGCUAACCUUUUAAUCACGAAUCAAAUCAAAUUUUAGUUUACAUGUGUUUUAAGUGAUGUUCAUUUGUGAUAAGACAAUCCUGCCACACGCGCACACAGAAAAAGAUACACAUUAAUAAGUAAGAUGAAUAAGGGAGCGUGAGUUAUGACAAAAAGCCGAUGUUUAGUUUAAUGAGUAAUUUAUUAUUUGUAAUAUGAAUUCAAUGCCAGUGUCUAUAACGAAUAAGUCGAAAAGAAAUAUCUAAAAUCUCUGUAAGUGUAAUGUUUAAGCUUGACAAUGUUAAAAACGAUUAGAUUGGAAAAAAUAUGACGUACUAAGGA